AAGGUGAGUUUUCAGUCAAAUAGCCUACUUUGCACCAAAACUUUCCCCACCAAGUACCAUUCAAAACGUCAAAAUGUCAUCCACCGUCGCGCGGGACCGUUUGGUGUGCAACUCAAGUGGCUGCUACCAACAGAUCGAGUGCACCGCCUGGAUCACCCUGUGCUCGCACGUGUUCUGCCCGGAACAUGGCCGCGAGCUGAGGCAACGCCUCACGGUGAACCCCGGAUCGCCGUGUCCGGCCUGUGGAAGCAUCUUCCGGGACGGCCAGUCUCUGCUCGAGCGCAAACUGGACCAUCCGGUGCAGGUUCGGGCGUUGCAGCUGUGCGGGUACAACCCGGAAGUGAUCAUGGAGAUCGCCUCCGUCGCAAUCGCCUUCUGGAACCACCAGAAGCUGCAGGUUUGUGCCAACCUGACGCGGAAGAACGACUUCUACAAGGAGUCGGCACUGGUGGCGCGGAAGGAACGUGACGACGCCGAGGAGCAGCUGCGACGGGUCAAGGCCCAGUUGGGGCAAGUCCAGGCGGAAAACCACGAGCUGAAGGAGAAAAUGGUGGCCACAAAGCGGAACAGGAGUCGGGACAGCAGCGAACGGGACCACAGGAAAGUGGGAAUUGAGAAGCAGCGCAGGCAGGAGGAUGAUUUUUUGCUGUAGUUUCUAACGGGGAGAGAUUUGUU